UCACAACCACACGAUCUCUAUCCAUAAUCUAUUUUUUUUUCUUGCGGCCUUAGUCGCUGAACGAGUAAUAUAAACGCGGGACGCUCUGGCCAGUUAUCAAAAAGGAAUCAGUAUCUUCAGUGAAUUUAUAUGAUAUUGAAUAUUUUGCUUUAAGCAUGGCCGUUUGGAAAUCUUGUUCUGGCGGAAGUAUCCCGCCAUCCGCAGUGAGAGCCGGAUACGAGGAGGAUGGACGCCCGCUUUUUGUCGCCCGUGCGAAAAUGGAGGAUGGCACAAUGACGCCUGGCAAGGCCGGCUGCCAUCUACCGGGCGCGCAUAUCCCGUGGGGCGGCAAGGAGAUCAUCGUGCAGAACUACCAAAUCCUCGUUCAACCCGUGAACGCCAUUGGUCAUUACGAAUGGAAACCUUGCUCCGGCGGCCAUGUUCCUCAAAAUGCCCUGUCGACGGACAAAGGAAUGUACGUGGCCCGCUGCCAUCAAGAAGGUGGUUUGGUUCCAUGCAAAGUACACGUUGAUCACGGCUGCGCGUACAUUCCAUACGGAGGCGGGGAGCGGAGCUCCAGCGAUUACGAAGUCUUCUACCGCGUCAAAUAGUUUGUCAGACGAAGGCUCUGUUCGCUUGUAUACAGAAACGUGUGGUGUAUUGAUAGUUAUAAAAUUAAAACCUAUUGUCAUACAAUUGUAAUAAUGUGAGGAAUCAAACCAGACACAAUACGAUAAGUAGACGCUAUGAAUGGAUAAGCGUGUUUAUUUUCAGACUUCUGAUAUACAAUGAAUACUAAUAUUAGUUCAUACAGGCAAGUAAACUUAUGUUAAAAUAAAGCUGU